AUGGACUCAAGUUCCGACGUGACGAUUCAAAAGUCCCCUUCUGCUGCCCCUUCCACCUCUUCCGCCUCUCCCAUCCCUGUUGCCUCUCCCAUCCCUGUUGCCUCUCCCACCCCUGCUGCCUCUCCCACCCCUGCUGCCUCUCCCACCCCUGCUGCCUCUCCCACCCCUGCUGCCUCUCCCACCCCUGCUGCCUCUCCCACCCCUGCUGCCUCUCCCACCCCUGCUGCCUCUCCCACCCCUGCUGCCUCUCCCACCCUUGCUGCCCCUUCCACCUCUUCCGCCUCUCCCAUCCCUGUUGCCUCUCCCAUCCCUGUUGACCCUCCCACCCCUGCUGCCUCUCCAACCCCUGCUUCCCCUUUCACCCUUGCUGCCCCUCCCACCCCUGCUGCCCCUCCCACCCCUGCUGCCCCUCACACCCCUGCUGCCCCUUUCACUCCUGUUUCCCCACCUAUUGGUGCUACACCAUACCAUGCAAGUGCACCCGUUUCGAUUACAGGUGGCUCUGGUCCUGCUGCGUGUGGGGAGCGUGUGUGCGGUGCUGUGGGGUGUGGGACGGUGGGGGGUGGUGGUGGUGUGAAGCUGAGGAGUUGCGGUGGGUGUGGCAAGGUGGCGUAUUGCAGCAGAGAGUGCCAAAAGGCGCACUGGCCCUCCCACAAGCUCACAUGCCCUGGCAGGACCAGCGGGAGAAGUGGUGGCAGCAGCAGUGGCAAGAUGAGUGGCAAGGUCCAAGAACAACUGACAUGUUGA